CCCGGCGCGCAGCGGCGGGAUUGGCUGCCCCGGGCCGGCGGGGCGGGCGCAGCCGCGGGCGGGAGCGCGGGGCGGUGGCGGGGCGGGAGGCGCGCGCGUCCGGGCGGCAGCGCGCACACGCAGCGCCCCGACGGCAGCAGCGGGGACGCGCUGGGGGAGCUCGGCCGUCGGAGGGGCGCAGCCGCCGCCCCCAGCGCCCAGAUUUUCCUCUUCUUUUUUUUUUUUUUUUUUUUGCCUUUUUUUAUUUUGCUUUUUCCCUUUUUUCUUUUCCUUCCUCUUUUUUUCCUUUCCUCCCAGGACUGGAAUCGGGAUCUGCGUCCCUGAAACUGCUAUGCCAACUGAACUCUCCCGGGCCGUGAGAAUGCACGCCAUCUCGGACCUCCACUCCUCCCUCACCCUGCGACUCCUCAACAAGGGGCCCGAGUACCUCCGCAGGCAGAUGGAGGCAGGCAACCCCGGCAGGAAAAGUGCCGUGGAGAGGCUGGCAGCCGAUAAGGCCAAGUACGUAAAAAGCCAGCAGGUAAUCAGCACCAAGCAGGAGCCCGUCAUCGUGCUUAGCUCAGCCUCGGAGAGCAGCAGCGAGACCUGUUCAGUGGAGAGCAAAAAAAUCAGUAGGGACUUUGGCAGAGGGAAGGGCGCGAAGCCGCUGGAGCUGUCUAAGGCGGUGUACUCCUGCCGUGCCCCCCUGCAGCAUGGCCCCCCCAUUGCCAGGCGCAGCACCCCCAGGAGGCAGAUGCGGCCGGAUUCCCUGGUGAUUUACCGCCAGAAAUGUGAGUUAGGGAGAGGUCAAAGCCAGGACAGCUCACGAGGGAGCCUGGUGAGGAGGAUCUUCCAAGGGUCUGUAAAGGAGAAGCAGUUGGCUUCCCCAGAGAUGCCCAGAGUCAUGGAGUACACCGCAGCCACCGAGAGCAAAGAGCCUCUGUCAGCAAAACACGGUGACCAUGAGCCGAGCCACCAUGGAGCGGAGCAAACUGUUGCUGUGAGCACCAAAGCCUCAGGGGUAUGUACAAAAGAGCAUGAGAGACCCUCAAAACCGAGUAUACCUCCUGAGGAGGUCAAGGAGGUGAAGAGGAGAGGUCUCCAGCGCUCCCAGUCGGACAUCAGCUCUCGCUACUCCAAGUCCUUCUCCGAGUUUGAUACAUUUUUCAAGUACUGUGGCCUGGAGCAGGAGGUCAUCGAGGAUCUUGGGAGAGAGAACUUCUCCGUGGUGUCCGACAAUGUCUCCUUCAAGAUCCGCAGCAUCAGCGUGGCAACGUCCGAGAGCGACUUCACUAGGCACAGUGGGGACGAGGGGCUGCUGGAGGAUGAACUCACAGAGCAGGUCCCCAGCAGCACCUCUGUGGUCGAGCGCAACGCUCGGAUAAUCAAAUGGCUGUACACAUGUAAGAAAGCCAAGGAGACUAACAAGGUGAUCCAGGAACUGGCAUGAUGGCUUCUUUCAGCGUGCAUCGCAGUCUGGUGAACUCAAGAAUCCUUGACUUGGAAGUUGAACCAAUCCAGACACAGGAAGAAACUCUUCCCUCAUCUGGCUCACGACUACUUUGUCCAAGUUUAGCAUUUCAUUAUCGCCUCCUACCCUCGCACCCAUCCCCUGGCAGCCUCAAUCUUGUCACAAGCACAGGGGUGUCCAAGAGCACAAUGACAAGCGGAGAUUGUGAACUGUGCCCCAGAGAAGCAGUGAGAAACAAAAGCUCCUGGAAAAGCGAAGCAUGGCAGCAGCUGCCAUCCAUGAUAAUAUUCAGCAUCAUCUCACUGCCCCAGGAUGCCAUUCCGGGCUGUGACAGAAGGUCUGUGUUGUGCACCCGUCUCUUUCCAGCAAUGAAUUUGUCAGCAGGGAUGGGAGGAGAAAGUGGGAAUGAAGUGUCAAUGACCUCUGGGUCAGGCAUUUCCUUGCAGGCAGACAGGCUCCACCUGGACUUUCAAAGGCUCUCUCUUACCAGGGCUGUUUGACCAGGGCUCAUCCUGACAUCAUUAGAUGUUAUUUGCUUGGCUGGUGAGGACUAACUGCAGCAGUUUUAUCUGGGAUACUUGGCAAAUAUGUUGUAAGCUAAAUCCCUGCCAAGCUUCUCUUUCUGUGAGAGUAUUCAAGCCAAAUUGGAGUACCAUGUAUCCAUCUAGUUUGCUCUGUCACACAGCUUGCUCAGCCAGUGGGGAGGAAUAACCUUUAAACCCCUGCCCGAAAUCUUUUCAGGAGCACGGGUCUGAGAAACAGGUAGUCAAAAAUGAGAGAGGGUUUUGCGUUGCUGCUGCCUUGCUGCAGAACAGUAGAAUUCACAUGUGCACCGCUCCUCCGCUUUGUUCGCAGUAUGUCUCCAACUCCGAUAAUGCAAACAUUGCAGUUUGGCAGCUUGUGGUUUAACACCGUUAAUUUUAUGCACUGUGAGCGAGCAGUGGGCUUACAGAAUCACAUUAGUAAACUGUAUCCCAGGCUAUGUAAGGCCACACUUCCUAGCGUGGGUCUAGGGUAGGGCUGUGCUUGGGAUGUCCAGGAUGGCAUCCCUGCACCAGAAAGCAAGUCGGCAUGUCAGGACACAGCCGUGCCAGGUAAAUAUCCUGAUGGGGUGAGACACCCAGUGAAGAGACAGCACUUUACUCAAUAUCAUGAAUAAAAUGCUUCAUCUGGGCUGGCUGUGCUAAAUGUGUUUUAAAACCUGAUAAGAAAUACUUUAGAUGAUAAUGGGGCGUCUACAAUAACUCAUGGAAUUUGCUGGCCGUGCCUCAAACACUUACCCCAAUCUGUCAGUGCUUGCUAGGAAAUGUCUUGCACUGAAGCAUUUCUUUGUGGACAUUGAAAACCACAAAAGAAUGCAAGAACCCCGCAGACAAAGCCAAAGCCAGUUCUCCUUUCAGUCACACCAAUGCCCAGCUGUGAGAGCUGCCCUGCUGGUAGAACAGCGACUAGACCCAGAGUCCUGCAGAGGUUGAAAGUUUGCUUUGUGUUACCAUGGAUGUGGCAUCCAGCUUAUCUGGCCACUAGACCUGCAGCGUGAAGAGUCCAGAAACAUCAGCUUUCAUUCUCCAUGUUCCUCCUGCCCGCACUGUGGCAACUCCUGCCACUGCCUCUCCUGCCCCAGAACAGCUGCCGGUGCAGCCAGGUGGGUGCUGAGCUCAAGUGAGCACUCGAGGCAUUUCUCAAGUGUUUGCUACUCUCCAUAAAUACAUCUGGAGGAGCGGAGAGGGAGAGGGCAAGUGGCGAUGAUUCAAUAAAGCAUUGGUGGUAGGAAGAACAUUUGCCUAUUUUCACCUAUGCCAAUGCUGCACACUGGAAGAGUUGCCCUUGAAGCACUCAUCAAGCAGUUUAGUUGACAUCAGCUAAAUUCACAGCAAAAUAAUCUGGGUUGUAUUUCCAUAUGUUUUAAAUGUGCUUGUCAGUCCCUGGAUGGUUAGUUCCCAACUACAGCAAGGGUUUGAGAAUGCAGGCCAUUUGUCUUAAUUUUCUAGUGUUAUGUACUAAGGUCUACAUGUCUGAAGUUGUUGAGAUAGAUAGAUAAAAAUUCCAGAUAAAAUAAUUGUUGAACUUGCUUUCCACUUGGGAGAAAACUAAAUAGUUUGCAUGAGUGAGCUUCUGCAAACUUAGAGGGAAGGUAAUACAUGGGGAUAUUUUCAUUAAAUAAUGAAUUUUCCACAUAUAUUUGUUAUAUUAUUACUAAAGGAUGAUUCUCAGAAAACUCCCAACACAAGAUGCUGCUAAUGUGGUAGGAUUUAUGCACUUCAGGUGCAGGUUUUUAAGGGAAGCAGCCUAGGUUUAUUAGCCAGGACACAACCUGCCAUAUCUGUUCUUUUCAUGCUCAUUUUGCAAGGUGUGGUAUCACAUAAAUAUUUAUAUGCAUUUGUCAGAGCUAAGGACUGCUUUUCUUUGAAAAUAUGCUCAGAGUGCAGGAAAAAUCUUUUGUGUUACAAAUAAGUGGCACUCCAUAGGAGAAGAGAAUUAUUUUGUUUUGUUUCCAAGGAAAUAUUUUGUUUCAUUUUCAAAUUUCUGUUUGUUUUUGCUUUUUUAGUUGAGCAGCUCUCGAAAGUUAAGAUGAAAGAUACAUUGGUCAUGAGUUUUCAAUGUUAGGGAGGAAUAUAUUUAAUUUGCUUGAAGGUAUUGAACAUCAGCCUUUCUCGAAAUCAAUGAAGGUUUUGUGGCGGAGGUUAAUGAAAUCAGAACUGGCCCCAUUCUGAGUAUUUUUUUAAUCCCCCUUUUUGUUUUUAUGAACAGUUCAGCAGGGUUGAGGUCACUUUCCACACUGAGAUGUGGCAAAAUUUCCCUGGCUUUGUUCAAGCUCUGAGAAGAACCCCAAGAUCUCCCAGGUAUCACGUACUUCAGAGACGAUGUGAACCUAUUUAAGAUCUUUCCCUGUUAAGCUAUAGAUUCUCUUUAUUUAAUAAUACCUUCUGGGUAAGCUAAUAACCUACCUUUCCCAGUAUGCCAGAACAACAGUAGAUGAUAGUCCUCUUUCUCCGUACAUCUUGGGAAUGGGUAAUUAAGUGCUUUUUCAAAAGAGUGGGAGCUCUCGGCUUCACUCAGCUCCUCUAACUGUUACAUGUAAAGGCUUUUCCUUCCUUCUGCUGGGUCUUUCAGUCAUAUGCCUCAAAAUGAGAAAAACUUGCUAAUGUUAGUCACUACCUAUCUUUUUCCCAAAAAAAUUCCCAAGGUUGGUUUUUUUUAUUAUUUGAUUAUAGAAGACAUGUAACGAUAAUUAUAUGUCUUUGAAAGGGGUGGGAUUUUUUCAGCUUUAGUGAUGAACUGUGAUAAUGUGGGCCAUUGCAGUAUGAACACAAGUUUUAGUAAUGGAGUUGGGUUUCCAGUCUUUUGGGAAACCUAAAACUGGAGCUGAGGGCAAAGGCAAGUCAUAAAUUGAAUUAUUUUGUUUGACUAGAACUAUGUAAACUAAAAUAGUCAGAUGGAGUGCAAGCAUGCAGUGCUAACUGCUGUUUACACCCAAGCAUUUCAAGCUGCUCCAACGCUGUGGCAAGGGGCAACGUCCGUGGCUGUAGCGUUAACAGGCAAAAGGUACAAAGUCUGUUUUUUAUGACCAGGAAUAUGCAAGUAUUUGCAAUAAAGACAUGCGAUAGAGACUGUAAUCCUUGCCAUAUAUUGUAGAUAUUACUGUACAGAAAUCUAUAAGUAAGAAAUACAGAUUGUUCUAUAAUACAUAUAUUACUUUUCUAAGGGAUAUAAGCCCUCAUGUUUUGUGAAAUCAGCCAAACAUUGCGUCGAUGGAGAUUAAAUGGAAACUUUCUCCUGGGAGCAGGUUGUCCUGUCAUUGCCUCCUGUGCAGUUUCUUGCAUCUGCUUUUGAAUCCUUUGAAAUGGAGUACUGGUCAGGUCUGGUGUGGACGUUUCUAAGUUGCUAUGUUUAUAUUCCUGUGAAAGAACCUGUGUACUAUUGAAUGCAUGUAAAUAAAAAUACCACUCUGAAAGUUAA